AUGAGUGACGCGAAACCGGCCAAAUCUCCAAUGGAUCCGGGGUAUUUGAAGACCGAAGAUCAAAGUGAACCGUUGAAAGAUCCUGAAAAGUUCAGAAGCGUCGUAGGAAGCCUGCUGUACUUGUCCGUAGUGGCCAGACCGGAUAUCGCCAACAGUGCGGCCAUUCUCGGGCGGAAGUUCGCUGCUCCUACAGAGUCGGACUGGACAGCCGCCAAGCGUGUCCUGCGCUAUUUACAGAAGACGAAGAGCUGCAGCCUGCGCUUGGGCGGUGCAUUCGAAGAACCGUUGUCAGGAUAUUCGGAUGCCGACUGGGCCGGCGAUUUGCGAAGUAGAAGAUCAACAUCUGGGUUCGCGUUUCAGUUCGGAGGAGCUACCAUUUCGUGGGCCAGCCGUGGACAGACAAGCGUCACACUGUCGUCCAUGGAGGCCGAAUACGUGGCGCUCAGUGAGGCUUGCCAGGAGGCUAUCUGGCUACGACAGCUGCUUGCUGAUUUCGGAGAGCGCCAAGCGGAACCAACAACUAUCAAGGAGGACAAUCAAGGAUGCCUCGCGUUCGUCCGGACAGAGAGAUCCAGUCGUAGGUCCAAGCAUAUUGAUACGCGGGAGAAAUUCGUCCAGGAGCUUUGCCAAAAGAACCAAGUUGCGCUGGAAUACUGCCCGACUGAGCUGAUGACCGCAGAUAUUUUGACCAAACCGUUGGGACCGACGAAGCACGACCGCUUCUGUGGUCUCCUUGGAUUAGAGUAA